AUGCAAACGGCGGCGAUAGAUGCUUAUGUCAAUGUGGAUUGGGAUGAGUACCAUGUUGGCAAAACGUUGGUUCGGCCGAAAACCAAUGAACCACGUUGGAAUGAAGAAUUCGUCGCGGACGACGUGCACUCUGGUCGAGCUAUCGGUUUCACCGUCUUUCAUAACUGUGUGAUGCCACCAGAUGAUUUCGUGGCGAACACUAGGAUACCAUUCGACGAUCUCAAAAUAGGCAGCACUAAUGAUAUCUGGGUGAGUUUAUCGAUUAAUUGA